CAGAAAAUGUUCAUCAUCCAGUCGAAUCAGCCCAGCUAUUGCAAUAAUACCUUUGCCUCCGGCUCAUGUCAUACGGAAUACGACGGCAAGGUUGAAUCUGCCCUUCAAACAAAAUGCGCCAUGGGUGGAUUGUCUCGAGGACUUCGUCGCACUGGCAGUAAUCUGUCCGAAUUUUCAUUGUCGGACCGUUGUGAUUACGAUGCUACACAGGUUGAAUUCGAUUUCACCCUGAAACACCAGCAACCAGUUUGUAUCCGUGUACAAACGCCAUGCGGUGAAACCGGCAUGUUUGAGCUGAAUGACAUGGUUUCUGAGCAUGUCUUCCGCCCCAUGCAACAUGGUUGCGGCAAAGGCAUGUGGAAGAUCGACGUCUUGAAGGAUGCUGAGCAGAGCCAGUCCGUGCUCUCGAGCAUCUCCAUGCCCAUCAAUGGUGUCGGCACCCUGUUCUUCGUGAUCGACGAAGAUUUCCAUCCAUAUUUGGCCGACAAGGAGUUUCUCCACAUGUCCGGUGCAUGCCGAAAACAUCGAGUAUAAACGCGGCUCUUAGCUACUAUCCCUAUUCAUUUCCGUUCACAACGGUCUCAUCAAAUGAGACUUGUAGUAUAAGCUAAGAGCUGCCACUCUUUAUCCUCUGACUUUGAAGAAAUGGGAAGGAGAAUCGCUAAAAUGUUGUUUAUUUGUUGUUAUUUACAUCUACAUCACCGCCAGUAAUGUACUCUUGACGGGACCUACAUCCAGCACUUCAUAAAAAGUCCUUUAGUUUUUCUGCUAUUUUCUUUCGUCCGAAUAAUCUCCCACUUUGCUCUCUUAAUUCUCGGGUAACACUUUUUACUUUCAUGCGAGGACUCUGUCCUUUGGGGAUCAAACGGGUCAGCACAGGAUCUUCGUUCUUCUGUAGAUGUACGGUAGUUCUAAUUUUUGUUUUGACGUAACCAGCCAUUGAGAAGCCACUUUCCCAUCGUCGUACGGCUAGAAAUUUUAUUACAAUAAUCUUUGCGGUUAAUGUGGAAGUUCUCUGUUUACAUUUCAGCUUUUCUGGAAUGUUCUCAACCACACGACUGCCAGAUUAUUGUAAGAAAUUCUUGCUCAAGACGGUCUUUCGCGCCUCUAAAUUUACAGCUCAUUUCAAACCACAACAGGGAGCAGUGAUUACUGUAUUGAGAUUUGCCAGGGACAGAGUCCUCGCUAGAAAAGUCCUCAACCCCUGCCACCACCACCAUCCCAUGUAUCUUUCGAUUCUCCAGCCCUUCAUCAUUCAUUUUCAUUGUUUACUGGUUCCAAGUUCCUAACUCCUUUCAAAGAUCCCCUUUGAGUCACUGCAACUGUACAGUCCCCUGAUCAUAUCGCUUAGAUUUAAAAUUUUCCUUUAACGGCUAUGAUACAAUAUUGAUUAGUUUGUUGUUGUGUAUUUAUUAGCACUUAUUUGUUGUCUGAUCACUGUACAAUCAGACUGCUAUCAUGUA